AUGUCCGACGACGAUCGCGAAACCAAGCCCUUCAAGUUCGUCACCGGUGUCGAUGCUCGAUUCCCCAACAUGAACCAGACCAAGCACUGCUGGCAGAACUACGUCGACUACCACAAGUGCAUCAACGCCAAGGGCGAGGACUUUGCCCCCUGCCGCCAGUUCUUCCUUGCCUACCGAUCCCUGUGCCCCAGCGGUUGGUACCAGCGAUGGGACGACCAGCGUGAGGCCGGUAACUUCCCUGCCAAGCUGGACGCAUAA